AUGCGAACAGCAUUGAGCACAGAUGAAGUUUUGAACCAGGUGGGAUUGAGUUGACCUCGACUUAGCCCCAAGCACAUGAACAUUCUUGAACUUGCAAUACUGCGGAUGUUGGUUAAUGUAAACCUAGUGUGAACAUCCAAAAUAACCAGGAUCCCAAUGAAUUCUGUUCUUCACUGUCUGACAGUCGCAGCCCAUUUCAGACUUAGCAAUCUGGGAAAUCUAUGACCUCUUUAUCUUUAAUCCAGCUCUUUGGAUCUCCGAGGAACUCCGUGAACCAAAUUGCAUGUUCGAAAUUGCCAUUGACUUCUUUCUUCACAUGGACCACGGAGGUGGUAUACCCAUUCCGUGGAGGCUGAUAUUAAAAGCCCAAAGAUGGCCGGCCACCUUUGAUGCAAUUCCCUACCGUCAUUUGUCUCGCCUGUAGGGCUUCUCUGGAAUGAUCUUAAGUUAUUCUUUAAAAUAUGGAAAACGAUUCCGGGGAUAAUCCUACCCCUUCAUCCAGCUCGUUCAGGCGAACUAGACGAGCUGUCCUUGACACUCGGGAACAUCGGUGACUUGAUCUUCCAUGCGAUUCUCAUUGUUUGCCAGCUUGGCUUUCUUCUCUUGAUUCCCCUAUCCAUCUUUCUACCUUUCAAUAUAUUUUUAACCUUUUUUAUUGGCUUCCUUGUUGUGAAUUAUUUCGUUUGCUUGCCAUUCAACGGUAAGGAGGGCGCUAUAUAUAGAGCGAGGCCAAAGAACGGUAUUCCCAUCGCGGGCAGAGGUGAAAAAUGGAUAUUCAUAAAUGGCGUAUCAGUUGGCUAUUGGCCAACACCUUUCGACGCGAAAUUGUUGGAGUCCAUAAUCCGACGAGCGGAAUUAUUUUUGAUUUGAUCCAGUGUCUAAUCGAGCGGGAUUUCCAAUAUAAUACUCGCGACGUCCGCCAGGCUUAUGCAAUGGUCAAGGAUGAGCUUACAAGGACUACGAAUCCAAACGACAAAGUGAUACUUAUUGUUCAUAGUCAAGGCGGCAUUGAGGGUGGUAUGGUCAUCGACUGGCUUCUGGCAGAUGUAUCAGAGGACAAUAUGUCUAAGCUCGAAGUCUACACGUUUGGGAAUGCUGCAAACCACUUUAACAAUCCCAUCCGUUCAGGAUCAACGGACAAGACCAACCCGGAGACGUAUCGGGCUAUUAGACAUAUCGAACAUUAUGCGAAUCACGGGGACUUUGUCGCUAGAUUCGGUGUUUUGAAUUAUGCCAAAAAGGCACCAGGCCAGAAAGAAAACCGGUUUGUGGGUAGGGUGUUUGAACGGCAGGGUAGUGGACAUAUGUUUUGCCAGCAUUAUCUCGACACUAUGUUCACAAUGGAUGGUGAUAAGGUUGCGGAGGGAAAUCCGUUUAUGGAUUCACCGCUGGAAGUUGACAUGGACAAUACUGAGUGA